AUGACGACGGUGGUAUACGAUGGAGUGCAAGGCGAGGGUGGAACGAUAUUUAAAGACGUCAAGUUUUGGGUGGCGCAUCGAGUGCCUAUAAGAUCUGUCCUGUUAGAACAAAUCAAACAAAAUGGCGGCAGCGUAGUGUCUCUGGAAAAGCAAGCUGAUAUGCUUAUUGCGGAUCAUGCCAUACCAAAGCAUGCUCCGCAUAAGUCAUACUCGUGGAAGUUCAUCGACGACUCUGUCAAGAAUGGAUAUAUCCAAUUGAAGGAUCAAUAUCUAAUAGAAAGGCACCCGGAGGAGCCCAGGCGUGCGGGCAGUCAUCCCUCCAAAUCAACCCGUACCCCAUUUACUAAGGAGGACGAUGCAAGAAUCGCGAGGUGGGCCCUGGAUCAUCCGACGGAGCAAAAAGGAAAUAGGAUUUGGCAAGAAUACGAACAAAUUCGCGAGAAUGGCCGGCAUACUGCACAAUCAUGGCGCGAUCGCUUCAUCAAGAAGUUAGUGAUCCUUGACAGGAACACAUUGGAACGUAUGGCAGCUUCUGCAUCAACAGAGAUUCCGCCAGAAAACCGCAACGCAGUUCAAAAGGAACAAGCGCUCGACUUGACUGAAAGAAGCCUGCAACAGCCUGCUGCUCAGAAACAACGGAACGGCAGCCCAGAAGACACUCUCUUGUUAGACACAGCACCAGACCAUACGAAAGAAACAUCAUUGCCACCAAAGACUGAAGAGGUCGAAAGUCCUGUUCAACAUCAUCCAGCCUUUAUUGAACUGGACAGGAAGGAAAGGGGAAGAGUUGACUUCAAUCUGGACUUUAAUCAAUGGCUCCACAUACACAAGAAGGAAGUCAAAAGACAUUGGUUAAUCGGAGAUACGUCUAUAGAACUAUUCGACUUGGGGUGGGCUAUCCAGGAGACUAAUGAUCCUACCAGCAUUGAUAUCGACUGGGCAAAAGUCACUGAAAAUUUGGGAUUUGAAAAUCCAGAUGCGUACACGAUUAGCGAGGUGUUCCGUUUCUUUAAAGAGAGUCUUGAGGAGUUUUUGAGAUCCGUAAGGGAUUUUAAUACUGACGAAGAGGAGGAGGAGGAGGAUAUGUACGAAGAACAUGUCAAAGAGGAAGAACCCGCCUCGGACCCAGAAGCAGCUCCUGGGAUGAGCCUCACUCAGGAAACCGAUUGGGAAGAUGUCCAAGAUGAAGGCCCACCGCAAAGCUAUGAACGAAGUUCGCCGCCUAUUACUAUUUCUGGCUUGAAGCGGUCCGCAGACCGCGAGCUCACCUCAUCUGACAAUGCAAGGAAAAGAAGGCGCUUUGAUCCAGAUAUGGAGAUACCAACAACAACAGAAGCUGAGUUGACUCCUGAGGUGGUCCCCGCGCGAAACCCCUCUCCCAGUGCUCUUGUGAGCUCUCAAUGGCAAGAUUAUGUCGGCGAGAGCGAAGCUUCGCAACAUCUUCCUCCGCUCCCUCCUCAUGUAGAGGGAUCACCAGAGCUUGGAAUAUCGGUGAUUCCCCAACGGGAAACUCUGCAUCAGUUCGGGGAAAGCACUCCUCCAGAGGGCGAAACAAUGGAUUUUACGCCAAUGCCGUUCGAUCUGGACACAAGCCAUCACGAGAGGCCGUCGGCUAGUAAACGUCUCGAGUCGUUGAGGCAACGUGACAACAGUUUGACAAGCGAAUUAACCCUCAGACGAGCUGUUCCCUCAACCAAAGCCGACUCAAACCCGACUGCCCGAUCUGUAGUUCGACGCUCUAUUCCUACAUCAUUCAACUCAUCCCGAAAUCCAACUCCUCGGAAGCCACCACCCCGAGACAGCCUGCCUCGCGGUUCAGAUCCGUCUAAUUCUCAGGAAAUUCAAAAAUGGAUUUCUCACUACCAAUUAGAAGGAUUCUCACGUCGCGUUGUUGUCGAAGGUCUCAGGCGCACAACCCUUACACCUGGGAAAAUGGCGCUUCUUGUCAUGAAGCAUUUAAGCGAAGGCUGCGAGGUGCCCUCCCGCCACGAAGGAAUAUGGACGGAUCGUGAUGACGGAGACUUGAAGUUCUCAAUGAGUGUAGACUUCAGCCGAUCUCCUGCCAAUGAAAAGGAAGAGCAGGAUCAGGAUCUCGCUCAGAAGGCGCACAAUCGUCUUAUUAAAAAGCAUGGUAAACAAAGGUUUGAACUAAGAAAAAGCUUCUUGGAAGCCCAAACAGAGAAAGGACAUGGCUCGGAUCGUUAG